AUGAUCCGGCAGAGGCGUUCCAUUUUGAGUGCUCUCAUUUUUGUUCCAUUUGCCUCUGUCGCCUGGCAUGCCUGGAGCUUCACAGGAGCGUGGUCAUCUUACCGAGGAGGCGCCGGCACCACCGGCAAGCCCUUGACGGCUCGUGCAAGCCAAGAAGAUCCAUACACUGUUUUGGGACUUCCCCCUGGCACCGUCGACGAAGACGCAGUUCGAACGGCCUUCCGCCGUCUUGCAAAGGUUUACCAUCCUGAUGUGCCGCAGACAGGGGACAUCAUGAAAUUCCAGGAGAUACAGACAGCGGCGCAGCAGCUCAUAACAGGACGCGCUCCGGGUGCUGCCUGGGAUGCCAGUUCGUUGGAGAAUCUCUUCACGGGAAGCUCCACUCACAUCUACUCGUCAGCUGCGCAGAGGCCGCCGUCCACAGCGCAUCAGCCGCUGCAGCAAGCUGACUUCGCAAGUACCCGGAAUGGGAGAGUGGAUAUCGCCUACUGCGCUAGCAUGCGCGACUCAAGCUUGCGCAAGACCGCGCGGCUCGACAGGAUCACCCUCCAAGCGUCACCGGAGACGCUGUCUAGAGUUCAGCGGGUGCUGACUGAGAUGUCGGGCACCACAGCCGAGCCAUCGAUGCCACUUCCCAUGGUUGGCUUCAUUCUGGAAGGGCACACCCACAGCAUCGGUGAACAACAGGUCGCCAACAUUGCGAUGGCACUGGAGAAGGAGUUCGGCAUCGAACUCCUGACCAUCCUCGCCGGCACGUGGAUCAAUUUCCCCAUGCCGGUUGAACUCCAGACAGUGAAGGAGCUGGCGGUGUUUUGUCGAUAUGUGCAGGUUCAGCAAGAAGGUCACAGCAUCAAGAUCGCGUAUGAGACCGGUAAAGUCUCCUUAGACUCUAGACCCUUUCAGCAUGGCCGGCAAGGCAGCGCCAGAGUUCCUGUCUCUCUUGGUGGGGAUUUCCCGGGAAUGAGCGAAGAGUCCGAGUCCUCCGAGUCCUCCGAGUCCUCCAGCUCCGACAGCGACGGGACCCGAAGCGAGGAAGGCGAGGAAGGCGAAGCCGCCGAGGCGCCGGGCUCCGAUGACGCGCCUGAGCCCGCAGAUCCCAAGGCUGUGGUUCUGGAAACGGAGGAGGGAGAUGAUCUCUAUCCAGAGUAUCCAGACGAUGAGUCAGAAGGAGGGGAAGCGAUUCGGACCAGAACAGCCAUCAUGAAGGAAAGAGCCGCCAAGAAGGCGGCAUCCACGAUGUCUCUGACUCGCGGCUGGACCAGACGAACUUCGGGGGCAGAGAGCCCCCGGUCCCCGAGGUCGCCAGGGCGUGACUGGGCAGAUAGCGGCGACAGCUUCUCUCCCAAGCGAAGCGACAAAGAGCCCAGUGAUGCAGGCGAUUUUCCCGGCGGCGACCCCAGCCCUCCCCGGGGAAAGUUCCGCCUCUGUGGCUGUGGAGUCCUUUCGCGGUUCCGGGCCUGCUGGAGACAGCGCUGCGGAGCCUGCUCAAGGCGAGUCGCACGCUGCUGCAGGCCCUGUGUCCGAUUCUUCAGACUUUUGUCCUGGCUUUGGUCUGGCUUUGAGUCCAGAUGCAAGCCCGUGGCUUGUGCCAUCCGUUGCCUUUGCUGUCCCCUCGUCCUUUUGCUGGCAAUUUCCCGCUGUUGCCUUGCAAGCUCAGAUUCAGACGAACCAACAUCAACUUCGCGCUCAAAGCCGGUGAGGAAGAAGAGCGCACGCUCGAUGUCCCGGGGCUUCUCCCGAAGCGGCAGUAUGGCAGCAGGCCGCACGUCGUCAAUGAGCAGGAGUGGCACCUCCAUCCGCUUCUCCCAAGGCCCCAGCCACCAGCCCAAGAGCACCAUCAAAGCGACGCAUCCUCGCCUGCCUCAAGCAGAGCAGGUUCAGAAGAAGGCCUCUGCGAGGGAGAGGUUUCGGGAACUGCGCCGGGAAAUGACCUCUGAUGCUGCGGAGCCUGCGGAGCUGGAAAUGCCACAGCAUGGUACCGGUACCCUGCAGCGGGGCCAGAGCGGCUUGCGGGCUUCGAAGUCCUUCAUGGCCAAAGCCCUUGCCCGCGGAGACAGCAGCUUCUCCGAGCCUCCUGAGUCCACCGGUCUCGCGGCCCUGGAUUGGACGGCCUGGUUGCCCUGGAACUGGGGCUCCACCUACGAGGUUUGGAAGGAAUCUCGCAUUGAGAUGUGGGCGAAUCUUGACAAGAUUCUGGAUGAAAUGGACAAGGAAGACCAGAGCAAAGUGACCGAUGUUAUGCGAUCACCGCUUCAGAGAAAGUAUGUCCGCGCCUGGCGCAUUUUUAUUUUUGCCUAUUGGGAUCCUUUCUUGGACCUCCUUCCUACUUGGAAGACGGCGGUUGCCAUCUUGAUAAGCUCGCUGAUGAUAAUUCCAAUCUCCGGCUUCGUUGUAGCAUCUGUCCUGCUGGUGUCCAGUCUUCUACGCAACAUGGAGUAUGUUGAAGGUGACUGUCAGAUAGAGGCGCUGCCGGAUGCAUUCGUAACCAAGAAGGGCGUGGUGACGGAAGUUACGGGGACCUACCUCAUCAGGCGUUUCUACGAUGCCUCUGCCGAGCGAACCGAGGGCUUCGUGCUGCAACCUUGCCACAUUAGCGUGCCUUGUGAGCACGAAGACAUUGCUCUCACAGGCUUUCUUGAGAGGGAGAAAUGUGACAAGUUUCGAAUUUGGGCCUGGAGAGAUCCCGUGACUUGCUAUUAUCAUCAGGACGACGAGUAUGGUAGUGCCGGUCGGGACCUCCUUUGUCUCUCUCGGCCUAGUGACCUUCAAGAAGAGAUCUUUGGAGUGGUGAUUGCCGGUGCGGCAGUGCUCGUGGCGAUUCUGAUCGUCAUUGUGGUGCUGAUUCGAAGGGCGCUAGACAGACGGGAAGCACAGAAGUUCCAAGAAGAAUGGGAGCGCCAGUUGGAGAAGCAGAGGGCAGAAGCGGAGGAGCGCGAGAAGGAGGAGGAAGCUCGGAGACAAAAAGAGGAAAACCAACGGCAAGCAGAUGCACACGAAGAAAUGGAGGACAUCGACGAUAAAGAUUGGGGACCCGACAAAUCCAAGUCCCUAUCCAAGCAGAAUACGAGGCUGACGCUGACGAUGUUGCAUCAGGCGACCCAGUCGGAGUCUUUUUCUGUCAGCUUGGCACCAUCAGAGUCUGUCUUACAGUCUGGUCGAACUCGAUUCGUUUCUGCACCUCCGGUAUAA